GAGAGAUAGAGAGAGAGAGAGGGGGGGGGGAGCAUGGUUAACAUUUCGAGUGAUCAAAAUAGCGUUGAUGAACUGAAACACAAGCUUCUCUGCAAAAUAUACGAACUAGAUACAGUGAAAAUGAUGGCGAAAGAGGAGGUGAGCAAGAACGAAGAAAUCAUGAAGCAGUUAUUUCAACUCUGGCAGAUUACUUGCCAAGAAAGAGAUGAAGCAAGAACCCAGUUGCAGAAACUUGUGAAUAAGUUAGUGCCAUCAUCCAUACUAGAUGAUCAAACUUCAAUCUUCUCACCACAACUCAAUAUCGAAAACCCGAUCCCCCAAAAAACCCUAGACCCUCCUAUGCUCAAGGAAUCAGAUAGUAAUUUUGUGCCCUCCCAAUCUUACAACUUUCAUGCCUUUGGUUCAUAUCCCACAAACAGCAACUUGGGUUCUUCUAUCUCCUUCCCAGGCCUGCAGCCUAAUCCAAACUUUCCGGAUUCGAACAACUUGGGGUUUACGAAAAAUGUUGUUCCCGUGGGUUCGAAGAUCGAUUUUGGUUCAGUUCUUAUUGACAACAUUGCUAGAGUGAGGCCACUGCCCAAAAAAGGAAGACUAAUGCAGGCUGUGAUGGAAACUGGCCCUUUACUUCAAACACUUCUUGUUGCCCCUCUUCCAAAGUGGAGAAAUCCUCCUCCUCUUCCCUCUUUUAAGAAUCCGCCUGCGCUCGUUAAUGGAGGUGAUCAUUGUGCCUCAUUGGUAGAUCAGAAGGAGGAGUUUGAUUCGUUUCUUGCGGCGCGGAUUUCGUCAAGUGGGUCUGCUUCAUUCCUUGAGAGUUCACCUGGAUUUUCUCAGAUACCAUCUUCAUCUAUGUUGAAUUUCGCUCGUGGUUCGGCAAGUUUGAGCAAUGGGAUGGAAUUGCAAUUUGGGAACAACAAUGCGGAUGCCAUGCAGUUUCAGGUUGCAACUGGUAAAAGAAGAAGGUUGUGAUCAUGAAGUGGUAGGAGACUAUAAUCUUUUUUGUAGAUGGACUUUUGUGACUAGUGUAAAUGAAUUUCUGAAUAAAGUAAUGGGUUUGGAGACUGGUGUAAAUCAAAUCUUGAAUAAAAUAAAUUACUGUGUAGCUUUUUGGAUUUGGUUUGAAUUCCAGUACAACCAAAUCAGUUAUUGACUUUUUUUACGGUUAUUUAAUCAUUAUAUUUAACAAUGUAUGUCAUAGAUUAAUGUAAUUUAAAAUUUUUAAUUAAUUAUGUACCAAAAGUAUUUUUUUUUUUUGUAAUCAAUUUCCAUUUAGUUUGAAUUUUUUUUUCUUUUAAUGGGAAUCAUUAGACUUAAAACAUUGGAUUUUCCUUCUUUUUUUUUUUUUUUUUUUUAAUUCACUUAUAAUGUCUCAAAGGAAAAGCAUGUAAUUUCUUCUAUGUUGCAUUACAAGUAGGAAAACUUUCAUGUCUCUUAAUAAUUUCUGUUUGACUCAUCUUCUGCGUAAUAUUCACAAUCGAUCUAUCUCACUAAUUCCCUGAGUGUUAUAGAGAUAAAUUCUUUGGUCUUGACACUCAUAUCACGUCAGUCGUCCAACCCUCUCACAAAAGAGGGAUCCUCUUUUUGUUUGAGUUUGGUACCCUUUACAUGAAUAAAUUUU